AUGGAGGAGGCGCUGCUGUCCACCCCCAUCAACCCCAACAACUUCCCCGCCAAGCUGUGGCGGCUGGUGAACAGCCCUCGGUACCGCUCCAUCCGCUGGGACGGCCGUGGCGAGGGGCUGCUCAUCGACCAGCCGCUCUUCGAGGCCGAGCUGCUUAGCCCGCCGGGCCCGGGGGCCGGGGGCGCGGGGGGAGCCGGGAGCGGCGGCGGGGGCGGCGGCAGCGGCGUCGGGGCGGCCGGGGCCGAGCCCGAGCUCUUCAAAACCACCAACUUCACCAGCUUCAUCCGCCAGCUCAACCUCUACGGCUUCCGCAAGGUGGUGCUGGGUGGGCCGGGGGCGGCGGGGCCCGGGUCAGGGCCUGGGGCUGGCGGGCCGGCGGGCGACGGGCCACUCCACCACUUCCACAGCCCGCACUUCCGUCGCGACCAGCCUCAGCUGCUCGUUCACCUCAAGAGGCUCACCAGCGCCAACAAGGCCAAGCUGGCGGCCGGACUGGAGGUGCCCUGUCGCCCGCCCAACCGCUUCCAGCGGCUCCUCAUCACGUCCGCCUCCGCCUCCGCCUCCGCCUCCACCUCCCCGCUGCAGCAUCAGGACCCGCCGCCCCAGCCCGCCGGGCCCCGGCCAGAGCAGCAUGGACCAGUGGCUGUAGGACAAUUUCACCGGUCAUUCCGGCGAGAUAAUUUGUCUCCUUAUUCCUACGUGUCAACUUCAUCCCACAACCACAGCACCUUCCCUCUGAAAGGUUUAGAUCGAACCCCAAUUCCUCCUAGAACAUGGCAGAACUCCCUUGGAAUGCACCCUGGACAAGUGGAGACAUCUCCCACUUUUUCUGAUAAAGGGGUUCCAUUUCCUGUACUGCAGAGAUUUCCAACUGAGGUUACUUAUACGCUUCAGCCCAGCGCCACAUCUGUACACGUUCAACAAGGUCCUCAAACAAUGGUCAGCUCCUCCCAAAAAUAUAGUAACUACACACCCUCGGCACAGUACUCCCAAGCUUACUAUCCAACAGCUGUGCUACAAUGCUGUUCUCCUUCCACUCACAUGGAUGCUCUGAGUAGCUGUGUUACCCCUACCGCCUCUUCCUAUGCGCACUGUAACUACUUCCAGAAUCCUCCAAUGCAAUCUUCCUACCCAGUUGAAUUUCUGCCUUCUAGUUGGCCUUGCAGUGCUACUGAUGAAAAUAAAAAGACAGAAGUAAACCUGGAGGCUGUCUUUCAGAUAGUAGACGAGCUGCACUCUUCCCCUAAACUGGAGAUGGUGAAGGUGGAGCCUGUCGAGCAUCAGGGCCCGUCAUCUCAGUCUAACAGGGGCCAGCAUGUCUUACCUAACUCCAGCAACAGCAAUCCAUCUUCCACAAGUCAGGCUAGCCAGCUGGAGCCACUCACUCCUGUAGGCUCAGAUAUUACAUCUUUUGUGGUUGGAACAGAACAAGCAAUUACCUGCUCUCUGCCACAGUCACCUGAGUACAUCUAUACCAUCCACACAGCUCAACCUUUGGAAAAUAACACAAUACAGGAAUCUGCAACCAUCCAGCAAACUCAUGUCAAACUGAAGGAACAGCUAAAUCAUAAUCCAUCUCCGUCUUCAGUAGUGUUUGUGCAGGAAGGGCUGCCAUUCAGCACACAACAGGUGGAUAGCAGUAUAAAAUGCCAGGCCAAUCCACAGGAGAAUGUCUUGCCUUCAGAACAAAUGGGAUUCCUUAUUUCAGAGAUGGGGCCUUCUAACAAGCCUAGUAAAGACACAGGCUUAUCCACUCCAGUCAGAUACAGGGAGCGGAGAAGCAGCUCACGAGGAAAGUCCCCUGAUCUUCAUCUGCUGGUGGACGUGGCCUGCAAGCAGGAACACUUUCCAAAGGAGGAGGAGUUAAAAGAGUGAGGAGACGGCGGCGGCGGCGGAGUGGAUGGCAGACGUGGCGUUGUGCACUAGCCGUGGCUGGAGGCACACUAGGCUUGCACAUGACACACUGUUGGGAUUUUUUCAGUUCUGUUAAGGAAAAAAAGUAUUUUUUGUUUUGUUAAUUGAGAUUUUUGUUAAAUUGAAAAUUGGGAGUUUGGUACUUACUACAGCUGCUCAGUUCAGAUUGCAUACCUUGACAAACUGUUCAAACAUCGCCUCAAGUCUGUCUCAAGUCACAGUGUGAUCCUUAGGGAAGAUUUGUGUGGUGUGGUAAACAAAGACAUGCGAGGUCACCAGUAUCACAAGUCCAAGCGGGUCAGGAACUCCAGGGAGGAAGUUCUGGAAAAAGCUCAUUUUCUUAGUGAUUAACCAAGAACUUCUUUUGUUUCUGAACCCCACGUCCUGUUUCAGGAUCAAGGCAUCUGGACUUGGCCCGUCCAUCACACUUAACAGCCUCUGGUUCUUUAAUAUUAAUGGGAGCGUUUUUUCCAUUUUCAUGUCUUUCCUUAAUUUGAAUGAUAAAUUAUCAUAAAUAGUAAAGUUUU